UCUCUACCCAUACCUUGGCAGUUGGAUAGGCGAUAUCAUUCAAUCCCAUCUCCCCUCACUCACCUGCUCCCAACUUCCCGCAUUAAAUUACUAACAAACAACAAAGGAAGCAUCCCAUUAGACCCAUAGCUCUUGCAGACCGUCGCUCGCCAUCCGGAAAGAAAGAAGGAACGAAACAAGGAGCAGAGAUGGACGGAUCGUCGAGCUCUUUGAAAUCGGCGGCCCUCUUGGAGCAGAUGAAGCUCCAUCUAGCCUCCGACGCCGGCAAGGAUCUCACCAAGAAGAUCGGCCUCGUCUACCAGCUAAACAUCGCCCCCAAGAAGAUUGGGAUGGACGAGGAGAUCUAUGUCGUCGACCUCAAGGAAGGAAAAGUCACCAAAGGUCCGUAUAAAGGGAAGCCCGACACGACGUUCUCGUUCACCGAUAAUGAUUUCCUCUCGAUCGCAACCGGGAAGAUGAACCCACAGAUGGCGUUUAUUAGGGGUGCAAUGAAGAUCAAAGGCAGUAUAAGUGCCGCACAGAAAUUUACACCGGAUAUUUUCCCAAAGCCUUCAAAGCUUUAAAUAGGAAGCAUAUGUGCCCUUUUCUGAUUAUUGUCUGAUAAACCAUGCCUCUUCUCUAUAUAUAUAGUUAUGUUAUGAUAAAAUAGUAUUACUUGAACACAAUUGAAGGUUCUUUUCAUGUAUAAGGAUAAGUGUUAUAAAUGUAACAAUUUGGAUUGACCAUUUAGUGAUAUUUUUGAUUCUUUUGUGAUGCACCCAUGUUAUAAUUAAUAUGAGGGGUUCUACUGAA